AUGCACAAGGCGAAUUUCGCCUACAUGGAGAAGUCAUUGGAGAGUGGAGAUCUCGCCUACAUUGGAGAGUCAUAUCUGUUUGGCGUGAAAACUGCAAACAACGGGCCGAACACUAGAUGUGCAAAAACAGGGGACGAAAUUCGCGCUGUGCACCACAUCGCCACAGCUCACAACCUGAAAGGUCAACUGAAGGGAGCUAGGAAUCUUUGGCAACAACCAUUCGUUCUACCAACCAUUCAUGCUGAACUGCCGAACACUGUCGGAUGCGCCUUCGUAAGACAACGGGAUCGCAGAGGACGUAAACACUGGAUCGUAAGUGCCCGCGCACCUACGGAAAUUGCUGAGGACAACGCAGAGCGCAUGUUGGACAACGGUGACCGUCUGCUUGACUUAUGUGAACAAAAGGGCCUGACGCCAUCAGACUCAUCGACGCCAUCAGCUCGGGUGGCACGCGCCACUGCGGGUUCUGACGAGGAACAUCAAUCAGACGGUUAUCCGACAAUCCAGAGCUGUUCGGGACGUUGCUUUCGACUCUGUUCAAAACGGUUUCAAAAGGAAAACUGGGGAGUACCUCUUCAACCGAAAAUCGACAUGGCAGAUUUGAAAGACGAAAAUUGCAGAACGAAUUUUCGCCAACGUGUGUCUAUUCAUGUUGAAGUACAGGUUAAAAAGAAGCUUUGCAACGCGGAUUUCUUCACAAAAUGCAUCCAGGACUCUGCAAAGGAAACGCUCCCGGCUGCCCGCAGAGUUCAGCGCCGCGUGGUUGUGUACUCUGCGGGCAGCCUUAGAAGAAAAUUGUGUCGUCAACUGCAACAAGAUCGUGAUAAUGAGUUGACGUCGAGAGCGAGGAAGUUUGAAAAGGCGUGGAAGGAGAAGAACCCGCAGAAAGUCUAUGCUUUAUUGAAGCAGUAUAGCUUCAAGAUGAAAAGAUGUUCUCCAGUCCUCAACACUGCCAGUGGAAAAGCUGAAGGUGAAGCAACCCUUUCAAUUCGGAGGGAUCACUUCAAGACACUGCUGAACCGGCAAGCGCUAUCAAAUUCUGAACUCGAGCAUGUUAAUGGGCCGAAGUAUGCGGUUAACGAGGAACCACCGACCGAAUCGGAGGUUCUGGUUUAG